AUGAGCCCAUCCCACGCCAAGGGAGGGGCAAAACGCCGUAAGAACAAGCGGGGCGGUGGAGGUGGGGACCGCGGCCGAAAGAGUAGCGGGAGAGACCGCCCGGAGGCGGAGCCAUGCGGCUCCCAGGACACCACCAUUACGGUGACCGUUGCUGCUGACGCGGCUGCGGCAGCAGCAAGCGGGCCCUUCGUUGAGGAUGUAUAUGCGGGCGGCGCAGCCCGUUUCAGCUUGGGCGAGACUCAAGGAACUCUGUCUUACCCCGUAGGCGUUUUCUGUGCCCUUUGUAGAAUCGAGCGGAAAGACAGUGCAGUCGUACAGAGUGAAUUGGCUGCCGAGGGCGACAGCGUGUCGCACCAAACUGAGUGGAUGUGCCCAACCUGCCAGUGGGCUUUGCAGAACUAUGGCAUUUCCAGUGACCUUGACCAGGCAGCACAGGGCGUAGACUUCCCCAGCCAUGGUCAUCUCGGCGGGUUCCUGGCAGAGGCAGAGGGCGGGAUGCUGGCCGAGGGGGGCCAGCUACCUCUCUUGGACACGGCGAGUGCCCACCAGGCUAGCUGUGAGCGCCAGGUCUCGCCAGAGACGUAUCUAGAGUCACGGCAGCAACGACUCUACUGGUCAGAAGUGCGCUUCGUGGUCCGCUUCACAUAUCACCAGGCAGGGACCGCGCUGGUGCCCAACUUGAGCAGGGUAAAAGAGCGUGUGGAUAAGCUCUGCAAUUUAGACCCCUCACAGCUGUACCAGCGGUUGGAUCAUGUAGCACGAGAUUUUGUGCUGGACAUGAAGAUCCGCCUCCUUCAGCCACUGUGGGCCCAGCCAGGACCACCAAACUGCCUGGAGAGCCCCCUGCAGGCCCAGCAGUUCAUCUCUCGCCUUAUCAAAGAGUAUGGUGCCCUCUGCCAAGCCGCGCGCACCAUCAGCACCUUCCUCAUCACUCUAGAAAUUAAGCAUUUGAGUCUUUUCCAGGUGACUUGGGAACUGCAUAAUAAACACCUGUUUGAAAAUCUGAUUUUUUCGGAUCAUACUCUUCAGAGCAACUUGCCAGCACUGAUAUCACAAAUCAGGCUGGGAGCCACAACAAAUGACACCUGCAGCCAGGGCACAUAUAGCACCUUGCUGCUCCACUACCAGGGCUUGGAGGAAGAGCUGCACAGAGUAGCCAGAAAGUGGGUGCAGUGCCAGAGGAGGGUCAGCACCUUCAUCCUUGAGAAGAUGACACUGAAAAGUAAGAUAAAAAGAACCUUGAGGCGUUUUAAACAAACGCAGUUACUUGGUGAGCACAUAGGCAGUACAGGAGCAGACCUAUAUAGUGGGAACUUGGCAGAAGCCUUGAGGCACAUGCCACCAUCAGCAUCCCCGGACAUGCCUGACUGCCUCGGCCCGGAAAGGUGUACCAUCUACAACUGCAACCACUCACAGUUUCUCACACGUGGCCUUGAGGAGCCUCACAGACCCAGCACCAUGCAUGGCCAUCAGCUGCCACGCCAAGUGCGUUCCCUUCCUGACUGUCUCUUUGAGAGUCGCCUCACUGGUGUGUCAUUGGCAAGCUCAGGGUCAGAUUCCAGCUCUCCAAUUAUAACCCAGCAGCAAUCCAGACCUAUCCGCCUAGAUGAGGGCUCUACACCAAGUUUUUGCAGUGACAGUGAUGUGGCUUCACUGUCAGAUAGAUUCGCUGAUAUUUAUCUGGUGAAUACUGAUGAUAUUGAAGUGGUGCCCUGCAAUGAUGACAAUACCGAGAUUGUGACCAAUGUGAGGUCUGAUGCCCGGGGGAACCCCGAGGGCCACCUCUAUGAUAGCCCACUUCUGACCAUUCCGGCCGCUUUCAGUCCUGACUCCGAAGAGCAGCUCUCCAACCAAGGUGCCUAUGGCUGGCGGCAGGACCCCAGGGAAAAGGCCACAAACAAUGGCAGCAGCUCCGAGCACAGCUCCCGCAGCAGCUCCUGCUCCUGUACCUGCAACCUCCAGGAGGAGGGCAAAUACUGCGAAUACUGUGGCAGAUCCUCCAGGCACCACCCGCCUCCAGCCACAGCAACAGGAAGAAGUUAUGAAGAAAUGAGAGAAAAGCUUCGUUUGCGGCUGGCCAAGAGAAAAGAAGAGCAACCUAAGAAAACAGGUCAGCUCCCAGAAAAGCAGGAUGUGGUUGAUCAUCGCACAGUGGAGGACUUGCUGCAGUUCAUAAAUGGCCCAGAGGUCAAGCCUGUGAGCAGCACCCGCAGAGCCAAGCGGGAGAGACAUAAACAGAGAAAGCUAGAGGAGAAGGCGCACAUGCAUGGUGGCUCCCUAGAGCAAACCGAAGAACUGGAAACUUCAUCUCACUCCCCUUCCAGAUGUGAAGACCACGCAGUGUCUGGGGCUCAGGGAGACUCCAAGCACCUCCUGCCAAAGCAACACAAAGAUGGGACUGGCAAAAAGAAGCUCAAACAGACAGGGAAGGCUGGCGGCGAUCCAAGGAGGAGGUCUGCGGAGUCCCCUAGAGCCUCAGAGGGCCAGUCUAAAUCCCGGUCCCAGACUCAACCAAGUACUAAAGUGCUUCACCGUGUUUUGCUGGCAGAGCAGAGGAAAAUGGAGAGAAAAGCUAGGAAUGAAAACAAGGGCAAGAAACAGCUCAGCCAAGUCAAGGAGGGGAAGGCAACCCCAGGCCCUGGGGAGCCUACCAGCCCCAGCCAGCUAGAGCUGGCAGACACUUCUCAGCCCAGCGGCAAAAGCAAAGAAAGCAGGAAAGGAGAUGGAGACAACAACCCGCUCUAUGAUGUCUUUAUGCCCAAGGAUAUCGACCUAGAGAGUGCAGAUAUGGAUGAAACGGAAAGGGAAGUAGAGCAUUUCAAAAGAUUCUGCUUGGAUUCCACCAGACAGACCCGACAAAGACUGUCUGUCGACUGGUCUGAUUUCAGCUUGAAAAAGCCACCUUUCCUGCCUCCUAAAUGA